GCUCGCUACUUUCGGGAAGAAGAUAUAGAUGGUACAGUGUAUGAAAUUCCUUAUUUUGUUACUUGAGAUUGUUAUUUGUAAAUGAAAAUGUAUUUUUCUUUUAUAGAAUUUAGAGAAUGUUUUUAUCUCUUUGCAAGGAAUGGCCAAAUACGCACUCUGGAUGAACUUACAAUCAUUAUGAGAUCAUUAGGAUUAAGUCCGACUAUUGCAGAAUUAAAUAAAUAUUUAAAGGAUAAAGGAGGGAAAAUGUCUUUCGCUGAUUUCUUGGAAGUUAUGCAUUUACAAACCAGAGCUGAAGAUCUGCCAAAGGAAGUGAUAGAUGCUUUCCAAGCUGCGGAUAAAUUUAGGACUGGUACUAUACCUGCUAGACAAUUAGCACACAUGUUGCUCCAUUGGGGUGAGCAAUUAAGUAACAAAGAAGUGGAGCAGAUUUUUAGAGAAGCCAACGUAUCUCUAAAUGGACAAGUGAAAUAUGAAGACUUUGUAAAAAUAGCCUGUGCACCUGUACCUGAUUAUUAUUGA